AGAAAUGCACAGGAGAGGGUUCAGUCGUUUAUCACAGGCUGUGACCCAACACACGCACGUCCCGUUCGUGCUGUGCUAGAACUAUUAUCACCUGAGGCUCAUUCCCUCGGUGGGUGUGUGUGUGUGUGUGUGUAGGACAUGCGAGCCCGCGUCACCAGUCUGUGCACGGGCGACACGGUCAGUCUCCGCUCAGCGUCGUGAGGCAAGCAACUAGUGGCGGUAUGGCUGCCAGCCGAGGUGAUAUUGAAGAAGGCCGACUAGCCCUGCCUGAUUGUAUAAAGCUAGAAGAUGGAGCAGAUGAGGAUGGCAUGGAUUCGCUGGACGACAGCGAAGAUGACGGCUUGUUGAUAGAUGAUAUGCAGGAGGUGAAAGACACAGAUGAAGCAGAAAAAGAUUCAGAGGAUGAUGAUCAAAAUCAAUUAGUUUUUAAUGGCACAAUGACUCGACGACAGUCCAGACAGUUCAAGGACGCAGGAAACAGCUUCGCUGUGUUUUCCGUGCGCUCACCAGCCAGCAAACCCAACAAGACGCGCACAUGCGAGUAUUGUCAUGUGGUCAAGGCAACACCUGCCGCGCUUAUACGACACUUGCGUAAACACACAGGGGAGAGGCCGUUUGUAUGUCAGCAGUGCGGCAAGGCUUACAAGGCCAAGAGAAGUUUACAUCUCCACCAGAGCACCCACCACAGAGAGAUCCCUGUCACUCCCCCAGUACAGCCUGCAGCACCCACUAGCACCCCGCUCACUGCUGCAGUCAUUCAACAACUAUCUGCAACCCCUGCUGUGUCUGAAUCUACAAAGUCUUUAUUACGGGAGACACUAGAGUCCAGUCGCAAGGCCAAAGAUGGCAGCACAGGAUGCCAGACCCCAGAGCUGACCCCCACCAGCUCAGUGAGGCCGGAGCUGACCCCCACUGGGAGGAUCAUUGAAAGGUUGUCAGCCCCAAACCUUGUCACUUUGCUCACUUCUGACUGUACUAAAAAUGUCUCUCCAACAGAAGAUGUUGGAAAGGGAGUUAACUGUUUAGCCAAGCUCCACCCAGACGUCAACACCAACUACCUGCUGAGUCCAGCCUUGGUCAAGGUGGAGAGGGACCAGGACCUGCUGGCCCUCAGUGUCAAGGAGGAGGAGCAGGCGGAGGACCUGAGCAUGGCCUCCAAGAGAGCUGCUAGACCCACGCCAGAGAAGAGGCUCAAAUGUGAUUUUUGCAACAAGUCCUUCAAGCACGAGAUCUCUCGCGCUAACCACACCCGUACCGCCCAUGGCAUCGUGAUAAACUUCAACCCACUACAGCACGGUCUGUUUUCACUCUUAGAUAGCAAACCCAGCUCAAAUAUCACCCAAACCUUACCUCACACUACACAGGAGCCGUCCGCCAUCAAGUCCGAUCCUGCGGCAGAUUUGCCGUUUUCGUUACUCUCUCGUCAAGUCAGGGAGGCCACAUGUGCCGAGGUGGUCAAGAUGGAAAUGCCAACGGUGAGCAGUGAUGGACCGGUGCUGGAUGAGAGCAAUACGCUGCCGUAUCACGUCACAUCUCGGAUGGUUCAGGAUUUUAAUGUAGAAGAUCUAAGGAUCAAAGAUGCAGAAAAAUCUGUUCUGGCAGAAGAUGGUGGCAACCGCAGGCUGAGGGUGACUGUUCUAAGAGAAACUGUUCUGGCCACCAGACUGGAUGGAAUCAACAACGUCACUGGCAGACGUGCUACAGUUUUCAAGUGUCACCUGUGCCUGCGUGUGUUCUCCUCCCUGCUCCGCUUCAACCACCACCUGCCCUCCCACUACGACACAGAGGUUCAAACCUAUGACUGCAGGUACUGCGAGGCUUCGUUCCGCUCGCACGUCCAGAUCGUCAAACAUCUCCAGUGUCACAGAGAAAAGUUCACUGGGGUCAACCAAGCUGGCACAGCUCUCAACAGCGCUGGUUUACUGUUGGAGGAUCCACAGAGGAAACUGAAAGAUCAGCACAUAGACCUGCCCCUAAGUUCAUCCAGUGCAUUCAGCCCAACCUUCACCUCUGAUGACUCCAGUCACAUGAUCUCCAGUACUGAGCCAGGUGAAAGGGCAAACGGUGGAUACUCCUGCGUCAAGUGCCGCAAGAGCUUCAGUAGAGAGUACCUACUGCAGCGCCACAUGCGCAUCCACCAGAACCAAAGCACCUUCUACUGCCCAGACUGUGAGAGUGGUUUCAAUGGUGAACAAGACCUUUUAGACCAUCGCAGGCUGCACCACGGCAUCAAAAGCCCAGAGCUGAUGCAGUACACCAACCUACUGAAAAGUUUGAACGCUGGGGUUGACCCCAACAAGAAAGGGCUCCAGUCACACGUCUACCCCCUGGUGGACAUGAAGGCUUUUGACCUGAGGCGUGGGCAGCAGGUGGAGGUGAGGAUGGCCUCAGACGUCAACGACAAGGAGAGGGAGGAGACACUAAGACGAGCACUGCUGCAGGGCUAUCAGCACAACAAGGCCCUGGUCAUGAUGAUGGCUGCAAGCACCAAGGCUGAGGACCAGAGGAAGGCCAUGCAGCUGUUGGAGCAGAUCAACACGCACCUGCUGCAGCCCUCGGCACAACAGACAGAGCAGCUACGUCAGGCACUGCUGAACGCAACCAAUGUUGAUGAAUGGACGAAAAGGGUGAAACUAGAGGAGGAGCUGAAGAAAAGGGAGGAGGAGGAAGUGCGACAGAAGGAGGAGAAAAAGAAAAGGAAGAUGGAGAGAGAUAAACUGAAGCAGAUACUGGCCAAAGAGGGAAUGGGGGACGUGACUGUUGUGCUACCUGAUGCCCCGCCCCCUGAUGAGGGUGAUGUCACAGCUGACCAGCCAACUGACCUCUCCGCAAAGCAGCCAGCUUUGGGUUUUAUGGCGAGGAAGAUGGACAGUACAUUAGCCUCAUCCAGUCUUCCUGCUGAUAAAGAUAGAACAUUUGGCAUGGAGUCUGAGCAACAUCUGGCAUCAAGUUUGAAAAGACCCCAAACUGUCUUACCAGAACAUUCCUCAGGGCCUCCAUCAAAGAACCGUAGAAAAGCAAACAAGCCCCAAAGGAUACAGUUUGACAGGGAGACAACUCAGAAAGAAAAAGAGGACAAAAAUAAUAACAGCACAUCCACCACUUUUCAGGCCAAUAAAAAAGAGCCAGCAGCGCCAGAACCACCUGGUGGUGUAGAAGAGAAGAAAGUUAUUGCAGGAUCUGUCAGCCAACCACACACAGCUUACACCACAGAGGCCAUCGACCUCAGCACUGAAAACAAGGAGAAAGCCUGGUCAGCCUUUACUGUUGUCAACCGCACCGCCUCAUCCUCGCCCUCUGUCUCCCCCUCACCUGACGACCAGCAUGACUCCGGCACCAAAAAGAUAAAACCCACCAUCAGCCCCCCUGCUCUCGACUCUGAAAAUUCCCUGUCUCAGGAACUCACGUCUGCUGCGGAUUUAUCUAAAGCCACCAGGCAGCUCAGCAUUCAGAUUCCAUCAUCCGUGAAUGGAUCCGCCUCCCUGCCUGGUAACUUUGCUAGCAUUAACUCCAGCAUCUCGCUGCCAUCUGAUCCUGAGAAUCUUGUCGGCUGCCCUCGUGUGUUGUGGAAGUCGGAGUACCCAACACCUUCAGAAAUCUCGGAGAAUUUUCUCGCCAAAGGCCAGUGGAACGGUAAAGGAAAUAAAACAUCUGUUCCUCAGACGCCAUCGCCGGCUCCAUCGCCCACCAACUCUGACACGUCAUCAGCGGAAGGGAGGAAGAUCACAACGACCUCACUGUCUCGCACCCACUCCAGUGCAAGAGCCACGUCACUAUCCCGCACCCACUCCAGGCUGUCUGUUGUGAACGAGCCCCUGGACAGAAACUCCCUGUGUAAGCCCAAGGUACUGGAUGACGGCAGGUCUGUCUACAGCUGCGUCAUUUGUCACAAGAACUUUCUCUCCCUCUCUGACAUCAACAGACACAUGGACUUCCACGAAGAUAUCCGGCCAUACAAGUGCAAAUAUUGUGACUACUACGCCAGGACUAACAGCCAACUUAAAGUUCAUAAACUGAGGCAUGAAGGUGUGAGAGAGUUCUGCUGCCGAGUGUGCAACUACAAAGGCGUGACACAGUCUGACUUGAACAGGCACAUGAAGUCCCAGGUGCACCUGCUCAGGUCCAACCACGUGUGUGCCCAGUGUGGGGAGGGGUUCGUCACGCCCAAGACCCUGCGGGACCACUCCCUGUCCUGCACAGGUUCUGUGGAUAAAAGCUUUGAUGGCGUGUCGGCCAACGACAACGAUGAUGAGCUCAACGAUGAGGAUUACGAUGAGGAGGAUCUGAUGAGCGUGGAGGAGUCGAGCCAAGGUAACCAAGGUAACGGCAGUACUGUUCUAGCAGAGGUCAAGGUCGCGGUUAUGUAAAUUUGAUGAUUUGUGAAUUACUGCAGUUAUGUUAAGUAGAAAAUAAAUUUUGUGACUUUUAUUCUUGUACAUAAAAAAGAAUCAAUUUUAACUAGAAUUUGACAAUGUAGUUGAAUGAAUUCUGCUGUAUAAUGAUCUACCUUUCUGAUGAAAUCACUGAUGUAUCUGCCACUGAGGACACCACAUAACAGGAACAUGUCUCCAAAUAUUACUGGAUGCUCACAAAUGUUCAUUCCAUCCAGACCAACAUUAUUUAUUCCGGUUCCAAACGCUGUAUGGUACAGCAAUGUUUGCUGUUAAGUUCAUUUUCUUGUGAUAUGGGUCUGGGGUUGCUGGAGAUUAUUGGUGGCCAAAACAUUUCAUCGCCAUAUGGAUAUCUGGCAACCAGGCAACUCAUAGCCAUUGGCCAGGAUUUUUGUAUCAAAUUUCAGGAGUGAUUUAAAAAAAAUUGAUAUUUGUUUUUUUAGUGGUAGAUUUGGUUGUAACAUGGCCUUUGAUUGGUCAAUUCCAUUGUCAACACAUUUGCCCUUUACACUCCUCCACAAUACACUCCAAGUGAGCUCCCCUAAGGACAUUCCAUUGUGCUGACUUCCCUUUGUCAGCUAUCCUACACUCAAAACCUGGAGAUUCAGUGUGUUUUUUAAAUUGCCAUGAACUAGCUAGCACUUUCACUUUUCUUUUUCUAAACACUUGGACAGUGUAAUAAAUUGAAUUAUUUUCCUAUUGCCAUUUAUUUUAAGUAAAAUAUUUGCAACAUGGCUACUGAAGUAGUAUAGUGCUUUUUAAAUGUAGAUUAAGAAGAAUGAUUAAUUAAGCUCACACUAAUACACUUGUGGUAAACACUUGCAAUGGUAAAUGUAUUUACUUGCAAACAUAACGUUUGGUUGUUCGAUUCCAGUUCAAAUUGUAUAAUGUAUAUAUAGAGAUUCUUUAAAAAAAGUUAUUAUUGCUACAAUUAUAUAUCAUUCCUAAGGUUGGUUGUGAUUUUUAUAAAUUUUUAUGUAUAUAUUUAUAUACGUCUCAAGGUGUUCUAUAGGACGUUUACACCUUUUUUAAAAUUUUGCCUUUUACUUUUUUUUGUAUAGAACGACCAAUCAAAGUUGAUUAUUGUAAUAUGUACAGGUGUGUUCAGGGGAUUUUUUUUUUGUUAGUGUGUUUGGAAUAAACAUGGCCCAGCUAUUUAAUUAGCCCAGCUGUGGGUGUUUAAUUAGCCCAGCCCAGCUGUGGGUGUUUAAUUAGCCCAGCUGUGGGUGUUUAAUUAUCCCAGCUGUGGAUGUUUAAUUAGCCCAGCCCAGCUGUGGGUGUUUAAUUAGCCCAGCCCAGCUGUGGGUGUUUAAUUAGCCCAGCCCAGCUGUGGGUGUUUAAUUAGCCCAGCCCAGCUGUGGAUGUUUAAUUAGCCCAGCCCAGCUGUGGAUGUUUAAUUAGCCCAGCUGUGGAUGUUUAAUUAGCCCAGCCCAGCUGUGGGUGUUUAAUUAGCCCAGCCCAGCUGUGGAUGUUUAAUUAGCCCAGCCCAGCUGUGGAUGUUUAAUUAGCCCAGCCCAGCUGUGGAUGUUUAAUUAGCCCAGCCCAGCUGUGGGUGUUUAAUUAUCCCAGCUGUGGAUGUUUAAUUAGCCCAGCCCAGCUGUGGAUGUUUAAUUAGCCCAGCCCAGCUGUGUGUUUUAGCUCAUGUUUAGCUCAGUGUUUAAGGGCACAACUCAGUCCCAUCGGUGAGAAUCAAAUCUUGUUGUACUUAAAAUGUUUGCCAGAAAAUUGUCGUUGAAGUAAGUUUAUUUCUUAGUUUUGAAUGUGCCAAAAUAGUUAAUGAGCAAAGUAGUUCAUUUAAAUUUAAUGAUGUAAUUGUAUAAAAAUUUUAAAUACAUUUUUGGAAUAUGAUAAAUUAAAAAGAUAUUUAGCACUUUGAUAUUUGAUGGUCUAACUUUUUAAAUACAUUUUUUUUAAAAAUUCAAGAAUUUCAAAAUGAUUUUCUUGUAUAAUAAACAACCAUUUGUGAAUAACAAAAAAUUUUUCCUGCUAAUCUAACCUUAUUUUUGUACAAACCACACAAAAAUUAUUUAAAUUCCUCUUUCUAACUGUUUAAAGUAGGUCUGUUUCUACGUUUAUAUUAGUGCUUUAUAAUUGAAACCUACUUUCCAUAUUUUUUCAGUCUUUUUGUGUAAAAAAAAAUAGAAACAAAAUUCAGAUGAGCCAAAAUUGGUUUUCCCUAAAUUCAUGUUUAUUACUUGUCUCAUGAACAUUUUUAUAAAAAUCUAGUUUAAUCUUCAAAUGGGCACCGUAAGAUAUUUCAAAGAAUUUGUACUUAUAAAAAUAUGGCAAACACAUAAAACUGUAAUCACCAAUGAUAGUAUGACCUACUUUAGCAAGUGGCUGACCCACUUCAACUUGAGGCUGACCUACUUAUAUGUAACAUUUUCCUAAAUAAUUUUAUUUUUACAUUCCUAUUUUAGUAAUGUUUUAGUAUUAAAUACACUACACUCGUUCAAUGUAUGUAUACAAGUUAUGCUUGCAUCUUAAGAAACAUGUUUUUGUAAAUAGUUAUGUUUUAAAACUUAAAAAAAAAAUAAUUUUAUUAUCUAAAUAAUGUAUAACGUUUCCAGUGUAAUUAAAAUACGAAAUUUUAUUUUUUCUUUCUUUUUUUUUUCAUUACUAAAGUACACAUAGCUAAUCAAGAGUUUAAUCACUCAGUUAGUGAUAUUAUUUAUCAUUUUCAUUUAUAAAUAUUUACAUUUCUUUAAAAAUUGUUGAUUUGUUCAAUUUUUGUUUUUUGUUCUACUAUGAUUAUUUUUAUUAUAAAUGGCAUUAUAAAUGGUUAAUGACAUUUUUGUUCAGACCCACCUUGAUUUAUAGGAUCAAAAUAUUUUAACACAAGUGGCAAGGAAAUCAAAAGCUUCUUGUAAUUAAUCAAACUGUUUCGAUUGGCUCAGUUGUUAACAAUGACUGUGGCCAUGACGACACAUGGCCAAAUACUUGUUGUAAUGGUCAAGUCAUCACACCUACUUAUUGGGUAUGAUGUCACAUCCUAAUCCUGUAAUUAAUGACCAUGACGUCACAUGACCAAAUGUAACUGACUGGGACCUCAAGUCUACGAACUGGUACUUAAAACAAUGACAACAGGAUGACUGGCUUAAACUACACUUCAAAUGUUUGUAGUAACUUUUGGUUAGAACUUGUGCAGUUGAAUAAAACAUUUUUCUAGCCAUCAUGGCACAUCUAAUGCUAAUUUGUGAUAGCAACUGAAUCUGGUUGUACAUGGACUUAUUUUUUCCCAAUCAAAAUAUUUUCUGCACCAAUCUUCUUCUACAUGAAAAUACCUCACUUUUUAAAAAGCCCAGCUCUGUAUGUUUGAAAUUUUUUUCUAUUUGUUGCCUAAACUAAUGUGAAAUUUUUACAUGUGAUAAUAUCAGUGAGAAACUGCUACACAAUUUUUUUUUAAAUUGGAAAAAAUUUGUUACCAAAUCUUGUUUCGUUGCUUCCAUUUUAAAUUCUAUAUUUUAAUUUUCCCUAUUUUAUACUGUGGUCAUGUGGUUGAAUUUGUAGCCUCAAACCCUGGACCAAAGUGUAUGUAGUUAAUUAGGGUUGUGCUGUCUCACCUAAUUGUUUGCUCAGUGCUUUUUUCUCUGCCUUGAUUGUGUAGAUCUACUGUGUGUACCAUCAUCAUCUUGUUUGUGUAUGGUUUGUGUACAUCACAAUGUUGGUGUACUGUGUGUAUGUCAUCACCUUGUUUGUGUAUGGUUUGUGUACAUCACAAUGUUGGUGUACUGUGUGUACAUCAUCACCUUGUUUGUGUACUGUGUGUGUACAUCAUCACUGAUUGUGUAGUGUACAUUAUCCUUGUGAUCAUGUUAUAUGUGUAUGUGAUCACCUCCAUUGUGUACUGAUGUUUACAUUAUCACCUUGAUUGUGUAGCGUGUGUGAUCAUGGUCACCUUGAUUGUGUAUUGGGUAUACAUGAUUACCUUGAUUGUGUACUGUGUGUACAUUAUCUAUCAUUAUCAUUCCAUUUUUGUACAUAAAUUGCCAUAGAGUACUUAUCAAGAGUUCAAAGGUUGUAAUUAAAAUUUUAUAUACCA